AUGCGAAGUCGCGCCGUACCACCAAUCAUCGCUUCAUUUGGUGCCUCAGCAAUCCUCUGCUACGGCGCCAUCGACGUGCCCUUCUCGCAACCACGCUCCCUAAUCUUCGGCCACUUCUUCAGCGGCCUAGUUGGAGUCAUCAUAGCAACAAUCUUCCAGUUCGACCUCGAGAAAGAUCCUUACCCACGACUGCAAUGGCUCGCUGCUGCUUUGGCCACAGCUAUCGCACUCGUUGUCAUGCAUCUGACCAAGACGACUCACCCACCUGCUGGAGCCACAGCACUCAUGCCGUGUGUUGACCAGCAUAUCUGGGCGCUGCGAUGGUAUUUCUUGCCGGUCUUGCUGCUAUCGUCAACCGUUGUGCUGGUCACAGCCAUGAUGGGGAAUAAUGUUCAGCGGCGAUACCCGGUCUUCUGGGUUGCGCAGAUUCCGCCACCACCACCGGCACCGAAGGCUGAGGAAAAGAAAGAUGCGAUCAAAGAGGGGUCCUCUGAUGGAAGCGUGGAUGGAUCACACAAGGACGUGGAGAGAGGACCUCUGUAG